AUUUGAUUUCAUAUGUUAUUUUUAUUUAGAUUCUGCACCAUUUUACAUUCUCUGCCAUUUGCAUUUUACUGAAUUUGUUCAUUCAUAAUGCAUGCAUCUGUCCAUGAAUAGACAUUUUUGCCAAUACGCCCGCCAUCUUGAAUUCUAUUGUUUCAUUGAAAUGUAAAUUCCUUAAGAAACUAUGGGACGCCCAGGGGGACUAAAAAGAAGUUCAUAGACUGUAGGGCUGUUAGAAUGCAACGAGAUUGAAUAUAUAUAUUAAAACAUGAAAAACAAGUAAAAACAUCAAUUGUAGCAUUAUCAGUGAAGGCAAUUUCCAGUAGAAUCUGUAUAAUAAUGUGUGAUUUUGCACCCUGGACAUUCCAUAUUUUUUUAAAAAAUUCAAGAAGGCAGCCGCACGUUAUUAAAAAUAUCUACUGUUCCAUGUACCCCCUAGAAAUAUCAGGGGAAUAAACAUUUCAACAACGUUUAUAGUCAAAUUUUCAGUUUCACGGCUUUAAUGUGCUUGCACUCUCUAUUUCAUGGCUUUAGUAUUCGCACUCUUAAAGCUUAAUAGUGUUUAUGAGACAACAUAACACAAAGGAAUUAGGACAAUUAGUAUUAUUUUGUUAGCUAUGUAUUUCACAGGUACAUUAACAUGACGUCCCAUAAUGCUUUUCGAGGGUUGAGUUCGUUCCUGAACCAAACAUUCGAGAAGGAGACUGUGGAAGAGUCUAUAUAGUUAAUGAAGUGAUAUGACGUCACGUUGCUAUGGCUUGCAAGAUCGACGCAUCUUUACUUAUCAAUAUUAAAGACUGAUUGAGAAGGUGCACCACUCUCAGGAAGAGGAAUGCAAAAGAAAUAAAACAGACCUGCCAUGAAAUCAUUCAUACUUUACUAUGGUACACUAUGCAGUUUGUUUGCUCUUAAAGUUCAAGCUUCUUGCAAUAGUUUUCCAACAAUUCCUGGUGUAGCUAUGACGGGAAGCUUGCUGAAGGCUUACAAAGUCCCCACUCUCUAUGAAUGCUAUUCGGAGUGCAACAGCAGUAACUACAGUACGAAAUGCAGAAGCAUCAACUAUUUCUUACGGGAUUCUUUGUGCCAUCACAAUCGGCUCAAGGUAUCCGAUAAGCCUGAGAAUAAAAUGCAGCACAGCGACUCCAUUUACGCUGACAAUCCCAAUGCAACCGGUAACGUUACCUCUACAUCUAGUAGUGAAUCUGCCAAGGAAUGGGUUUUGAUUGCGCGAUUCUCCAAUAUCGACACCAAGAAUUGGAUGGCGUACAAUGGAGAGUGGUGGUACGAUAUAACCACAGACCAGGGAGACAAAACGAGUACUGUUGGUAGUCUGGAUAUGAUCACAUCCGCCUUCUGGACACAGAAAGGACGAGAAAUCAAGAUUACUCGUACAGACGAUCCUACCCACACACCCCUCUUGGUAACUACGUCAAAUUGUCUUGGCGACAUGACAUUUCGCGAGAAAAUCUCCAGCUAUGGCAACUUUAGAAAUGGAGCGGUUUGGUCCUCGGAGAAAUGUCUUGGUAAUUGUGCGGUAACAUACGGCGGGAAGUACCAAUCAACGGUAGGAUUUUCCCAGAGUAGUUGUGAUGGCGAUGUACUUACUAGAAAUAAAAUUGGAUUCUGGUGUGACUAUGGUGCUGGAGAUGGAGCGGUGAUUUCCAUUGGUGGUGUCGGAAGUGCUUGCGGUAGAGCUGACCACGGGCUUGCUGUCACAGAGGAAAACGCUGGGAAAUUUGGUACCAGUGCAGGUUGUGACUUUGGAGACUAUGGGACAUCGUCAUGUCAAAAGCAAUCUUAUGCUUUAAAUCUAUGGGUUCAGUAGAUGACUGUUACGAUAUACAGGCGUACAGAGGAUUAUAUAGCCUAAUCGAGGUACACGGCUCACACUUGCAAAGCAAGCAUAUACUGCUAUUCUUCGUUUUCACUAUACGUCACCGUGGCCAUCUUGGAUCUAUUGUUCAUUGCUCCAACAUGUCCGCCGGUAUCUUUUGCCCUCAUUGGAAUGUUUGAAAACGAUACAUACAACUUACUAUAGUUAAUAGCGAUUCUUUCUUACCAAUUUACUGUAAAACAUUGCGCAUGAUUUGAAACUAGAUUUUUGCUAAUCUGCCUAAUAGGUGCUUAAUUUUUAAGGGUCUUUAUGUUGCUGUACACGCGAUGUACACGGCGUUUAGUAAGCUAGAAAAUAAUUGUCGCACCGUUUUUAAACAGCAAGAUAAUAUAAUAUCGUUACCAUAUUAUAUUUCGUUCUAAAGGUGAGCCAAUGCACAAUAAGCUUUUUACGUUAUGUUUGGGUUGAGAUUUUCGAUUUCAAGUUGAUAAGCGAAAAUGUUGAUGAACAUAAACAGACGAAUAAAAUAAAGAAUUAAGCAAAUUCAAAUCAUACUGUGAAAUAUUAAAUUUGAUACCAAAUUUCGCGACAAAAAUCUGUAUAUUGAACUUUAGAUUGCCUGAGUUUCAUCCAGCGUUUAGUCGUCAGAGAAUAAACCGGAUGUACGCAGGCUCACUUUAGACGGACACACAUUCGUUAUAGUGAGUCUGUCACGGUACGCGCAUGUUCCAGUAACUGUCGUUUGUAAUUCAAAAGAACCAAUAAGAAACGUCUAUUUAGCUUUGGCGCGAAAGUGGUCGAGUCACGGGCUCUAAUGCCAAAUUUCGGUUCCAGAAUAAUACUUUCCGUUAUUUGUAUUUCAUUUUUGACAAAUCCAGCCAAUUCCGGCACAUUUAUCAUUUGGCUUGCUGAUGGAGAGUCUUGCAAGUACUCCUGAGAGAGUGGUAAGUUUUUAUCUUGUGAACUGAAUUCUUUGGGAGCCAGCUAUUGCUAGCUGAAGCGACUGAAAACUAUUUGCUGAAUUCUUCCAAAAAUUAUAACGUCUACACGAAGAAAAAAGAUUCCCCUAGCAUAAACAAAUACUUAAUUGAUUUGAAAAUGCACUGAAAGGUGAAAUAGAUCCAAGAUUGCAACGGAUUCAACUUUCAAUCUACUCUCUCGUCUUUAGCCGUCUUACGCGCGCAUGCGUAGUGGCGUACCUCACUCUUUAAGGUUAUCGGAAUUCGUGCUAACAUGUUUUACGCACACUAAAUAGUGAAGACACUAAAUAGUUAAGUGGGCCUCGAUGUAUACUUAAAUUCCAAUCUACAAAACACCUACAUGUGUAGGAGCAUCACAACACACAGUAACUCACAGUUAUGUUUAUUAGAGACGAAUUGCUACAAAACGCACUACUAUAUGAGUAUUAUUUUGAUAAUUAUUAGGUUUACAGUGUGUUUAGGUAUAUGAAUCUUCUAUUAUAUGUUAUUUGUAUUACAAAUGAAUAAAUAAAUACAUACAGCACGAAA